AUGGCGACCGAGGCCCCGAAGCUCCCCAAGACGCCAAAGGAGAAGGACACAGCGCAGAGGCUGAUAGUCGUGCUAGAGAAAGCAUGUCUUGAAGCUGUCAAGUCAGGAAACUCCUACGAACUGCUCAAUUGUGAUGAUCACGUGCACCUUCUUAAAAAGUUCAAGCGAGAUCCUGCAGAUUGCAGACCUGACAUCACCCACCAGAUGCUCUUGACACUCUUAGAUUCUCCUCUGAACAAAUCAGGAAAGAUGCAAGUAUACAUUCAUACCGAGAAGAAUGUUCUCAUUGAAGUCAGCCCACACAUUCGCAUACCUCGCACCUACAAGAGAUUUGCUGGGCUUAUGGUGCAACUUCUUCACAAGCUUAAGAUCAGAGCUGUCAAUGGACCAGAGACUUUACUCAAAGUUGUGAAGAACCCCGUGGAGGCUCACCUGCCGACAGGAGCAAGAAGGAUCGGAACGUCCAAGACCGGAAAGCUUGUCAAUGUCAAUGAGUGGGUGAACACUUUGCCCAAGGAAGGGCCCAUCGUUUUUGUGCUGGGUGCGAUGGCGCAUGGCAAAGCUGAGGUUUCAUACGUGGAGGAGUACAUCUCCGUGAGCUCAUAUCCCCUUAGCGGCUCUGUUGCUGCGGGCAAGCUGUGCAAUGCCUUCGAGAACAUGUGGGGGGUUGUGUGAGAGAGAACGAUGGGAGAAGAAGGGAGGGAGCAAGCACGAGUUGUGGUUGUUGUUGUUGUGGUCGUUGUUUGAAAUGUACAAUAUUUUUUUCCUGU